AUGGACGGCGGCGGAGCCUCGGAGCGCGGCGGUCACCACCGCCGCUCUGGAAGCAAGCACAAGCGACCCAAGCACAACAAGGCGCAGGCCUCUGGUCUGGAGGGCAAGGUGGUGUCCCGUCAGAGCAGAACCAUUUCAGCGUGUCGAGAGCCGGGCGACGGCGGCAUGUCCUUAGGCAGCCAAAGCAUGGGCUCCCCGAUUCCUCGCGCGACGCCCGACGGCGCGUCUUCCCGGCAUUUCGAUCGCAGCAAGUCUCAGCCAGGGGCCCACUCCAAACUCCGCUCUAAGGGCUCGCGUCAACAUCUGGCUUCCGUGGACGCAGGCGCUCCGAGAUCCGCACUGUCCCCGUCCAAGCGAAGCAUUGACGCCUCCAGGUCUAAACCCUGCGACGAGCGCGUCGUCAAAGGCGAAACACGCCAAACAACGGCGACGCACACCGCCGCAGGGACCGAGAUUGCGAAGGAGCUUCAAGACGCUGCUGAGCCGGCAGUCCCUCCUGCUUCCGAGACGGUGGCCAAAGCACACAAAGACGGCGCAGCCGCUGCGAAAGCGCCGGCCGUGAUCGAGCCCCGGACGCCGUCUUUGGCGUUAACUCCGCUGUCCGUGGCAGCGGCGCCGCCGAAGCAACAGGCCGACCAUGGCAGGAAGUCGAAGGCGGCCAAGGACCGGGACCAAGACGCUGACAACCGGCCGUCCAUGGAGAGCUUCACGCCUCUGGACGUAAUGAAGAAGAGCAACUUGGCAACGACAACGGCUCAGUGGUCCUUCUAUCCCAUGAACGUCACGUUCGUCACCGAGGCGGACAGCAAGGAGGAACGGUACCUAUACGCCACCGUCGUGGUCGUUGUGGGCGUCAUCUUCACGCUGGCCUUAGUGACCCUGGCGCUGCUGCUGUCCAGCAAGCGUCACGAGACGUACGUGACCUGCGACACGCCCGAAUGCAGAGAAGCGCAGGACUCUCUGACGCGGCUGCUCAACACAAGCAAAGACGCGUGCAACGACUUCUACGGCUACGUCUGCGACUCGUGGCUGGCACGUUCCAGCGGCAGCUUCCUCGGCGACAGCGCGGCCGCCUCCAUAGCCAAGAUGAGCGAGCGCCUGCUCGUCCAGAACGUUGAAAGAGCAGGGGAAUGGGCGAAGACACUCUCCGAAGGGACCGGAAUUGGUUCCAGAAUCGCCGAAGGCACGCACGUGAUGCGUGGACUGUACCAGAAGUGCCACCGCUACGUCUCGGAGAAGUCGACGACGUCCACCGACUUCAACGAGACGCUCGAGGCAGCGCGCAGGGACCUCAACUGGACGCUGAUUCGCGGCGCGAGCAGCUUCCACGACUUGGUGGCGCUCGUGACGCGGACGUCGCUGCUGGCCGGUUUCCACACGGUGUUCGCGCUCAACGUCCUCAACGAGAACGGCAAGCUGUUGCUGCGGCUGUCAGCCGGGAAGUCGCUCCUCUGCAAACUCACGCUCUCGUGGAGCCGAAAGGAACUCGAGGGCCACCUGCGACGCGUCAUCGACGACGUCCAGGAGCUGACGCAUGUCCUGAGACUCGACGACGUCGUCGCCGACGAUCUCGGCUGCGAAGACGACGGCGGCGCCGCGAUGGACGACGAGAGCGUGCCGCUGAGCACGCUCUUCGCCGACCUCGCUCCGGGCGUGAACGCGAGCGACUGGGUCGACAUCCUGCACGCGCUCGUGCUGCCUUCCGCGAAGGCCGACGCGGACUUUUCGGACGUUGCCCUGAUGUCCCGCGCAGACAGCGUCCGAACCGCCUUUGGCAAGAUAUACGACCCCGACGACGUCAGCGCGGCCGCGAAGUACCUGGCGUCGCACUUGGAUGCCGACCUGCUGUUCCUGGAACUGUCCAAGGAGCGCGUCGCUGCGGAUGCUGCGGCGACGGCCAGUUUCUGUCUCGCCCUAGCUCGGCGCUGUCUGUCGUAUGCCUGGCCGCAACUCGUGGCGAGGCUGCUGGACCUGGGCCACAGCACGCAGGUUCUGCACACGAUGUACCGCGAGCUGAAGAAGUCGCGCCGCGCCUCCUUGUUCAAGUGGCUCAUGGAUGCCAGCCGCUACGCCGUGAAGGAAAAGAUCGCAAGGGCAGGGCUCCUCAUCGUCUCCAAAAACUUUAACGCUCGCGACGGAGCUAAGGCCGACUACGCAUGGCUCGCCUCGCACCUCGAAGAGUCCGGCGGCACCGACUUCGUGCGCUUUUUCGUGCGCGCGCUGGAGCACGAGCACACACUGCAGCUGCGGAGUCCGCCGACCCGGCUCCAGAUGCUGAUGCUGCGGCUCGAGCAGCGCUCCGAGCUGGCGCACGCGGCUUCGCUCGACGCCGUGCUGGUGCCCACGCUGUACCAGAGGCCGCCGCUGCUCUACUCGGCUGGCGUGCCCGCGUACUUCAACUACGGCACCGUGGGCGCCCUGCUGGCCGCGCGCAUCGUCGAUGUCAUCACGCCGGCAGCCACGGCGUCCGGAACGCUUCCAGGCAAGCUUGUACGCUGUUUGUUUCACUGCUGCUAUAUAUCCGACGCUAUGUAG